AUGCGGCAGCAAGGGGAGCAGAUAGGACGGCUCCAUGAGUUCGUGGCCCGACAGGCGGCGGCGGCUGCACCUAUACCUCAGGACCCGCCCGCACCUGUGGCACCUACUCCAGCGGUGGCGGCGACACCAGUGACGGCUAUUCCUCCGACUGCUUCGGGUUCUUCGGCUCCUAUCCCGGAGGCACUUGAGGCUGAGCAGGAGCGGUCGUUGGCGGUGUUGACGGCCUUCAAACGGUUCAACCUAUCGACUUUCGACGGAGAUGUGAAGGAUCCGUGGGUGAUGAAGAAUUGGUUGGUCGCGAUGGAGGCGUUGUUCGAGGAUAUUUACACCCUUGAGAAGGAUAAGGUUCACCUUGCGGCCCAUUGUUUCGAGGGGUCGGCUCGGUUAUGGUGGACGCAAGCGAAGAAAAGUCGAUCGUUGGAUCUUGCUUCCGUUACUUGGGAGGCAUUCCGGGAGAUGUUGCUCAUGGAGUAUUUUUUCGAAAGCGACAAGCGGAAGAUCAAGGAGGACUUCCGCAAACUCAGGCAAGGAAACCGAUCGGUGCGGGAAUACGAGAGAGAGUUCUCGCACAUGGUUAAUUGUGUGCCGGGAUUGGUUCAUGGUGACCGAGACCGAGCGGAAGUCUUCGAGAGCGGGUUGUGGCCCGAGAUAUUCAAGGUCAUUCAUGCCUUCCGAUUGAAGACCUACGAGGAUGUACUCGAUCGCGCGCUAUGGGUGGAGCGCGGCAACGCCAUUGCGCGCGAGGAGCGCGAGGCUUUUGAGAAAGACAAGGACAGGGAGAAGUCCAAGAAGCUACCGGCUGGUGGUUCCCUGGGGCAGUCGAGUUCCAAGCGACCCCCUCGGUACCCAAGAUCGCAAUUGCGGGGAGGCAGAGGCCAGACAAGGAGUUAG